GAACUAAUAUUGUCGACAACUUCCGAGAACUCCUUAGCUUGCUUGCUUCAGUUCUUUGAUCAGCAGCUUAGAAGACUUAUUGAGUCUCUGGAAUGCAAUGGCCACCACUCUUUACACACUGAGAAAAUAUGUCUCGAUGUGAAAGACCCGCUUUUUUUACGACGUCCCGAUGUGGCCGACGACGAAGCGAUGGGCUUACUGGAUGAUGAAUAUGGAAAAGAGGGGGAAGAAUGCGGGAGCUAUGAUGGUUAUCUUCGACAAUCUCAAUGUCUGGACACUCAGCAUUCUGACUUAUGGUCUGGCAAUGGUAGUCCGGCAUGCUUCCAGUCGAUGCCAGAGUUGUCGAAUAAAACGAUUGAUCAUCAAGACGAAAUUCAUAGGUAUAUCCGAUUCAAAGGUGGAGUGAUUACAAUUUAA